AUGGUUGUAAAGUGCGCGUGUCCAAUAACGCAGCGUUGGAGGGCAAAGUCUGCGGGGUCGUGCGUAUUCGGAUCUUCCUCUGAGGACACAGGCUUCAGCUGCAGGCGGAGCAGCGACCAGCUGAUCCGGGGUGUGCGCGUGUGUGUGCGUGUGUGUGUGUGUGUGUGGACACAUGCAGCAUGUAGCCGGGGGCCGGAGGAUCUCUGAUGUGUGCCCGUCCUCUCUCUGUCUCUGCCGUGGCCCAGCGUCUCCUCCCGACCGCCGCACUCACCGAGCCCCGGUGACCCGCUCCAGCCAUGGGUGGGAGUCUGGGCUGCCACCGCUCCAUUCCCAAGGACCCCACGGACUUCAGCUGCGGGAAGCGCAAAUUCAGCGCGGCGUGCAACUUCGGCCACAUCCUGGUGAACCAGGAGCGGCUUAACAUCAACACGGCCACCGAGGAGGAACUCAUGACCCUGCCGGGAGUCAACCGCACUGUUGCGCAGAACAUCGUGGAGUACCGGGACUGUAUCGGCGGGUUUAAGAAGGUGGAGGACCUGGCUCUGGUCAGCGGCAUUGGAGCCACCAAACUGGAGGUGAUCAAACUGGAAAUAUGCGUCUCCAGCAGGACCAGUUCGUCCCAGCACUCCCCGUCCUCCCUGCGCAAAGACCUGGAUCACCAGCCCUGCACGGGGAUUAACAUCAACACCGCCACCCCGGCGCAGCUCAUGAGCAUCCGCGGAAUCACGGAGAAGAUAGCCAAGAACAUCGUGGUGUACCGGGCGGAGAACGGCCCGUUCAAAAACAUCGAGGACCUGGUGAGGGUCACCCACAUCAACAGCUCCCUGCUGGACAGGAUCCGCUUCCAGGUGUAUGUGGAGCGCUCCAGGGCGCCGUCCACCAACACCAACGGGGGGCUGACCUGCACCAAGUCCCACCCGAGCCCGACUUCAUUAAGCUUCAGGAGCGACGACCUGGACCUCCCGCCCGGAGGACCGACCCAGAUCAUCUCUGUGCGGCCCAACGUGGAGCCCCCGCCGGGGAUGCGGGACGGGAAGCCCGUGGUGCGUCUGGGCACCUGGAGCCUGCAGGGCUGCUCCUGUGACAAGGCCAACAACCCGGGGGUCAAAGAGGUGGUGUGCAUGACCCUGCUGGAGAAUGACAUCAAGUUACUGGCCGUGCAGGACCUUCUGGAGCGGGAGGCUCUCGAUAAGGGAGUGAGCUACUCUGGUUUUCUGUGGGACAGCUCGUCCGGUAUUGACCUGAAGGACGCUUCUGUCCUGGACGCUCCUGUUGUCAGUGGCAAUGGGCAUCACACCUACCCGCUCCUCUACCUGGCUCACUUUAUUGUUGGUUCAUACGAACUGUCAGUGGUGAACAUGCACAUGCAGGCCGCAGCCUCACCAGGAGAGUCCAACGGCAAGAACCACAACACAGAAGAAGUCAAGUGUCAGCGCCUCUCGCCGAGUAUCCAGGAGACACUCAAAGCUGAAAAGGAGUUGGUGGUGCUGGGAGAUUUUGGCUACCCCCCUCAGAGCGCCGAGCUGGACAUACUGAGAAAAGAGAAACUCUGUGCCCUGGUACCCUCCACCCAGUUCACCAACAUCAGCACCCGCUCACCACAGGGCACCCAAUGCCUGGACAACAUCUGGGUCAGCCGCUCCCUCAAGAAGCUCUGUUCUGGACACUGUAUGGUCGUGCGGGAGGGCUUGACCAACCCCUGGAUCCCAGAUAACUGGUCAUGGGGCGGCGUGGCGUCGGAUCACUGCCCUGUGGUGGCUGAGUUUUACGCAGAUGUGUCUCCUAAGGAGCUGAGCAGGCCGGGUAUGGUGGCGGUGGACAGAAGAGACAUUAUGCCCAAACAUGAGCGGUGACAACAUCCACAGAGACAGUAGAGACUAUGGUGGAUGACAUUAGAAUGACUUUGUCCUGUCUGGAUCCUGCUUUGUCUUGUUUUGACAUGGAAUUAAAGUGUCCUGAUGAAUGUGAAGAAGCGCCAAGACUGCCUUUUGGGUUUCAGUUUAUCAGUGUAUAUUAGUGACUGGUAAGUCAUAGAAGGACACACAUGUUCAGUCAAAAACAACUAAAACGAGAAACGUGCCAACCAUUUUCUAUAUGUAAAUGAAAUAAAGACAAAUUGAUAGAUGCUC